AUGUUCAUUCGCUUAGCAUGCUGUCGUCUAUUGAGGCACCGAAAGUUUAUCUAUCUUUCUAUAUUUAUUUCAUUUCUACUGUCCUUUGUAUAUGUAGUUGUUGUGCCACAGGUUCUUAAGCUACUUCAGAAACCGCCUGUUAAAACUCAUGAAAUACAUCAAUAUGUUGUCCCGGGAGACAGUCCAAUUGUCUCAACAUAUUCACAGUGUACGUUUUAUGAUUGUUUCAAUAUAUACAGAUGUAACCAUAAAUUUAACGGUGGUUUUAAAGUUUAUGUUUAUCCGAUGGCCAGACAUAUCGAUUCAGAUGGCAUAUCUAUUGGAGCAAAAAUGUCCAAAGAAUAUCGAUCUAUGUUAAAUGCAAUAGUAGAAAGUCAUUAUUACACUCAAAAUCCAGAAGAAGCGUGUGUUUUUGUGCCAUCCAUUGAUACAUUAAAUCAAAACCGGUUUCGUGUUAAAGAAACAUCACAAGCUCUUGCGCUAUUGCCAUAGUAAGUUUGAUUUUUGAAACAACAAAAUUGCUAAUUAAUCAUGUUGGUUAUUUUGUUUUAAAUUUUAGUUGGAAUGAUGGCCAAAAUCAUUUAGUCUUUAAUAUGGUCCCAGGAACAGCACCAGACUAUAAAACUGUUGUUGAUUUGUCCAUUGGUAAAGCUAUGGUUGCUGGUGUAGGUUUUGAUUCUUGGACUUAUAGGUCAUCUUUUGAUAUUUCAAUUUCAAUUUAUAGUGAUUUCGCUAUUUCAUUAAAUAAUAAUUAUACAUUUAGAUACAGGUAUGCAUAUAUACAUUUAUAUUGAAAUAAGUAAACUAGGUUAUAUGUACAUUUUAAUCAUUUGCAGACCAAUAUUCAUCACCACAGUUCAAACUAAUCUUCAUAGCGAUUUCAUUACUUAUUUAAAAUCAAUCGAAAAACAAAAUUCUUUGAUAAAAGUCAUGGGAAAAUGCUCAAAUAGUAAACAUAAUAGAUCAAUACUUUGUCAUGGUAAUUCUACUUAUAACUAUGCAAAUAUCCUUGCUGUAAGUAUAUUAUGUUAUUUUAAAACAUUACAGGUGUACUAUAGUGUUAUCUGAAAACGUGCUUACUGUAAAAAUUGUUAUUUUUUGACAGUUUUAAUACCAUAUAUAUGUUAUAGUUAUAUAUGACUAUGUUUAGUAUUGCGUAAUGUGGUAGACUCGCUUUUUACACCUUUCUGUAGCGGUGCUCAACCUUUUAUGAUUCAUGUCUCCCUUAUCCAUGAUAAUCUGACGCUAUUUCGUGCUUCAUUAAAAUACAGAGUGUCAUACAGUGUUAUCCGUCACCUAAUACUCUCUUAAUAUUAAUUUUUUUUCAAUUGGAUUUUGUAAGAAGGAAACACAUAUGUAGCGAAAAAUAAAAUCUCUAUUUUCAUCCCUUAAUCCCUGAAAAAAAUAACUUUAAUCACUUUACAGUUUUCAAAAUAGUCAUUUUGUAAAAGAUAUUAUUCUAAAAGUUUUAACGUAUCAUACAUUUGUAUCUGAUCAAUAGUUUUUUAAUUAUACCAACUUUAAUGUAUUGAAAUUAGGUCUGAAAAAAAUUAAUAUUCAAUAGAAGAUAAAGAAUUGUUAUUUUUUAUUGCAUAACUUGUUAUUCUUUUUAUUAGUUUUUUUCAGUGAUUAAGGAAAAAAUUAAAAUUUUUAAAAUCCGAUUGAAAAAUAUAAUUGAUAUUGACAGAGUUAUUAGUCUCCAGAUAACACAGUAGAACACUGUGUAUGAAUCAAAUUUCUAAGUUUUAAAUAAUUAAACUGUAUAUUUUAGAAGAAAAUUAUAAUUUUAUUAAAAAAAAAAAAAACAGUUAUCUAAAUAAAUAGAAAUAAUUUAAUGAUAAAAACUUUAUGGUAUAUCCGUUUAGUGUGUAUAAUUUGAGUAGCAGCAGCGGUAUUAUUGAAGAGUGUGUAUUAUAUUGUUCCAAAGGCAAUACAUGUCAUUACAUAACAAUAAUGGCUAUAAUACAAUUUUAUUUGGUACCAUUUAAAUUUCUAUUUUUUUUCCUCUAGGAUUUUUUGUUUACAUAGGUCCAACUUACCCCAGUUGAAAACUACUGCUCUAGAUAUUAAAACGACUAUUACUAAGAAACUUGAUCAGAUAUGAAUGUAUGAUAUAUUAACAUUUUUAAAUUAAUAUAUUUCAAAAAUUUACUAUUUUGAAAAUUUUAAAAAGUAAACAAAUAAAAAGUUAUUAUUUUUUAGUGAUUAGGAGUGAAAAUAAAAAUUAAAUUUUAAAAUUAAUAUUGACAGUAUUUGGAAAGCACUGUAAGACACAUCUUGUAUACAAAAAAAAAAAAACAUGCAUUUCGGCUUAUUGAUUUAGUGAGUUAAAAGUCUAUGAGCCACAUAAAAUCAUACUUGUUUUUUUAUUUAAAUGUAUGCCAACUUAGUAUUAUUUUGGUUCAUUGUAAAUGACUCAGUGGGUCAAUAUAUUACAUUUCCCAGUGAUACAUACACAAUAUAAAUAAUGUACUAAUGUAAUAUGUUAAAUAUUUAGGAAAGUGUAUUUUGUUUGAUAUUGCCUGGUCCACGACUUAUAGACACAACUUUAGUUGAUUCACUAGCGGCAGGAUGUAUUCCAAUAGUGGCUAUUAAUCAUGUUGUAUUGCCAUUUUUAGAAGUUAUAGAUUGGAAAAGGUUUGUAUAUUUUAGAUUCUAAGUGGAGCGAAGAAGCUCAAACAUUUUUUUUUUUUUUAUCUGCACAAUUUCUACCAAAAGACUUGUUUGGAUUUCUACAUGUAGUAUUGUUUCUGAAAGGACAUCGGCUUGGGAAGGUACUUUAGGGAGGUCUUUUUACAAUUUUCAAAUGCGAAAACCCGAAGAAGAAGAAAAAAAAAAAAUGAGAAAAUUUACGAAAUAUAAUAAAUAUAAUCUUAUGAUUUUUUUUUUCUGUUGUCAACUUUUCUACUAGCAAUUUUGCUCUAAGUUUUAAUAAUAGUAAGUUUUCUAAAAGAAAAUUUCCCUAGGGAUGUACUUUGAAGAGGACAUUUUUUGAUUUUCCCAAGUGUUUUUCCAGAAAAUGUGAAUAUUGGUACAACAUUAAACAAAUUUUAUAAAAGAAAAUAUAUAAAGCCUAUUUAAUAAUUUUACUACAAAAUGAGAUAUAUUGUUGACAAAGCAUCACUAUCAACUGAACUCCGCUUAGAAUUGUUUUUUCUUAAGCAAUGGUUUAUUGUUGCUUACAGAUAUACAUUAAAUUUCCUAUAUCCUACCUUCCCAACUUCCCACCUACUCCAGUAGCUGUACCCGUCCCCAUUAUCUUACCUUUUUUAUUACACAUUUAUAUUACAUUGUUUCUUUAAAAUCUUAUUUCUUUUUAUUAUUGUAUAGAGCUGUCAUUUUUUGGAGUGAAACCGAAUUAGAUGCUUUACUAGAUGUAGUUUCUGGUAUUCCUUUGGACAGACGGAAAGAAAUGUCAGCCCAAGGUCAUUGGAUUUACCAAAAAUAUUUAUCGUCACCACAAGUAAUAACCAUGACCACUUUAAAAAUAUUGAGCCAAAGACUGCAUCCACACAGUUCAGAUUUUUAUGAAGAUUGGAAUUUAAGACCGAAUCCCGUAUGUUAAAAUUAAUCAUGUAUAUAAAAUGCAGUUGAUUUUUAAGUUUUGCUUUUUAGGAAUCUGCCAGAAACCCAUUGUUUCUACCAUAUUUAUCUGAAUCGUCAGGAUUUACUGCCAUAAUAUUAUCCUACAAUAGAAUAGAUAGUUUGUUCAAACUAAUAAAUAUGAUUAGUAAGGCACCCAGUCUGCAAAAAAUUAUUGUCGUUUGGAACAAUCAAUAUAAAUCUCCACCGCAUUGUAAGUACUUUAAUGAAUAUUUUUUAAUAACUAUCUAUAAAAUUUGUACCAAAUACAGUUUCAGUGUGGCCAAAAGUAGAUGUGAUGCUGAAAGUCAUACAAACAACAGAAAAUAAACUAUCCAAUAGAUUUUUUCCAUACAAGGAAAUUGAAACAGAAGCAGUUUUAUCUUUAGAUGAUGAUAUAAUUAUGUUGACUUUAGAUGAAAUUGAAUUUGGAUUUCAGGUAUUUACCUAUUGAUUAACACACUGAUAAAUAUAAUUUCUUAUGUUUUACUGUAUUUAGGUUUGGAAAGAAUUUCCUGAUCAUAUUGUAGGUUACCCAUCCAGAACUCAUGUGUGGAAUAAUAAAACUAAUUCUUGGAAGUAUGAAUCAGAAUGGAAAAAUGAAAUAUCCAUGGUGUUAACCGGAGCAGCAUUUUAUCAUAAAGUAAACAAAUUGUUUGUCAUUAAUCAAUUUAAAAAUAAUAAUAAUACAGCUGAUUUAAUUUAAUUAUGAAUUAUGUAUUUUAAGUAUUGGCAUCAUGCUUACACAUACAUCAUGCCUAGUAAUAUCAAACAAUGGGUUGAUGACCACAUGAAUUGUGAAGAUAUUGCAAUGAAUUUUUUAGUAUCCAACACAACAAACAAAGCUCCAAUCAAAGUAAUUAUAAAAUUUGUUUUAGAUUUGUUUGAUAAAAUGAUAAACACCAUUUUUUUGAAUAGGUAACUCCAAAAAAAAAGUUCAAAUGCCCCCAGUGUUUAAACACUGAAAUGCUAUCAACUGAUCAAGGACACAUGGCCACAAGGACCUCGUGUAUAAAUAGGUUUGUCUCUAUCUACGGUAGAAUGCCACUAAAGACUGUAGAAUAUAGGGUUGAUCCUGUCCUGUACAAAGACGCAUUUCCAAAAAAAUUGAAAAAAUAUAACAAUAUCGGAGAAUUGUAA